CGACCCACCCCAAGUCCAGUAAUCCAACACCUCCAAUCUCCUUCAGUCGUACUUGACUGCUGUAAUCCUAUUUGGCAUACAGCCCCAUUUCUCGCACUGAACAAGAAAGUGCAUUCCGUUGCCUUGUGUUAGACAAGCCUGUGUUUUCUCGAGUGGCGAUUGUGGAACGAGAAGCCUGAAACUUUUGUUGUGUGAAAGUGUUGGUUGAGCAAGAGGCUAUAGCCCAGUAUUGAGAAUUGAAAAGAGUUGUUUGAAUCACGAUCACGAAGAAGUGAACGCACAGUGUGUCCUUGUUGCAGUUAUUGCCUAGAGACAUCGUUUUAUCGUCCUCGAGACUUCCAUCGAACCAGCGUACAUCGACAAAUCAACAAACGAGAAGCAGAAGCAGAUACGAAAGAUGAGUUCAGCAGUUUACUACCAGUUCAAGUCGCAGAAAGAACCGUCGCGUAUCUCGUUCGACGGAACCGGUAUUUCCGUCUUUGAUUUGAAACGCGAGAUCAUCACCAUCAACAAACUCGGCUCCGGUACAGAUUUCGAUUUAGCGAUUUAUCACGCGAACACGAAUGAAGAAUACAAAGAUGACACUACCAUCAUUCCACGCUCGACGAGUGUCAUCGCACGCCGUCUCCCAGCCUCAAAGUUCGGUAAGGGAACAGCUGCACGCUACGUAACCGGCCGAGCCCCUACAACCUCAAACUCCCGCGUCGAAUCCUUCUCCAACUCCAAGAAACCCCACGCCACCUCCUCUACCUCAGCGUCCGCUCCCUCCGCGACGACAUUGUCUGCGGUGGGUGUAGCCGCAUCCGGAAAUGAAGAAGACAUGAUCAAAGCCAUGUUUGCAGCCUCCUCCGCGCAAUGGAACGAGACUCUUGACCAAAUGUCGCAACAAACGGCUAUCCACAAAGCCCGCCCUGGAGCCAACAAUGCGCCCGUCCCGGAUCGUCCACCCCCCGUUGGGUAUAUCUGCUACCGAUGCGGAGAGAAGGGACAUUGGAUCCAAGCUUGUCCCACGAAUGCGGAUCCGAAUUAUGAUGGGAAGCCGAGGGUGAAGCGAACGACGGGUAUCCCUCGAAGUUUCCUAAAGACAGUCGCUAAGCCUCUUCCUGGCGGUGACGGUGACGACACCGAAGAAGGCAAAGGUGGCGUCAUGGUCAACUCGGAAGGCGAAUACGUCGUCGCGGUCGCGGACUCAAAGUCAUGGGAGAAAUAUCAAGCUCGCGCUACUGCUUCGACGAAAACCUCGGAUCGUCCGGUAUCGGAGGAGUUGGCGUGUAAGUUGUGUAAGAAGGUCGCGAAGGCUGCGGUUAGGUUCCCGUGUUGCAAGUGUCUUGCGUGCGAGGAGUGUGCGCAGGAGGCGUUAUUGGGGAGUGACUUUGUGUGUCCGAAUGAGGCGUGUAAGACUCCGGAAGUGUUGUUGGAGGGGUUGGAGGUUGAUGAGGAGAUCCGGGGAAAGGUUGAGGAGUGGAUCAAGGAGGGGGAGAAAGAGAAGGAGACGUCAAAAUCGCCCAGUGGAACACCCAAGACCGAAAACGCCGUUGCUAACCCGAAGAAGAGAGCGGCGGAAGAUGAUGUGGAGGAAACACCCGAAAUCCAGACAGAGGGCGUUCAAUCCGACCAAUCAGCCGCCGCUGCUCAAGCACAUGCACAAGGACGCGCCUACGACCCACGAUACCCCGCCCCACCACCCGGGUUCCACGAGUCAGGGGGUAUGGUGCCCACGAUGGAUGGUAUGCCCCCUAUGCCUAUGCCACCUAUGCCCAUGCCCGGAAUGAUGGGAAUGCCGGGGAUGCCAGGUAUGCCUGCUAUGCCAUUCAAUCCGAUGAUGAUGGGUAUGGGCAUGCCCGGGAUGCCAGGUAUGCCCAUGCCGCCGAUGGGCAUGAAUCCGAUGAUGAUGCAGCAGAUGAUGAUGGGGAUGCCCGGGAUGCCGGGUAUGCCGGGGAUGGGAAUGGGAAUGGGAAUGGGAAUGGGUAAUAUGGGUGGACAGGGGAUGGGAGGACAAGGGAUGGGGAGGGGACCUGGGUUUGGGCAGGGGCCUGUGAAGAGGCCGAGGAGGGAGUAAGUGUGGGGAAGGUGAGGGAAGUUGAACGAUUAGCAUUAUUGAAUGACAAACCGU